UUAGGUGAAAACACAGAUGUCAAGUCUGAGCCAGCUAGCCCUGAUGAAGAUUCAUCAAGAGCACAGUUUGGUAAGCAAUGUGUACAUUGUAGGUCACAUCCUUGCAUCUUGGUUGUGUCUGUGAGGCACAGGCAGGGCUUCAGGCUUCGACUGUUUUGGUCACCACUAAUGUGGCACCGCUAUGUUCAGAUCAUGUGUCCACCCUGUAGUGUUUUAUUUAAUAUUGCGCUAGUCUCCGUUUUUCUUCUGGCUAGCAGUAUUUUUUUUGUAAAUCUUCUAUUUAGCACGUUUGAAGGGGAAGGGAAUUAAUGAGAAGGUGUUGUGGGGGGGGGGGGGGGGGGUUGUUUUGGGAGGUUUUUAUGUAAAAAAAAAAAAAUUUUUGUUUGGUUUUUUUUUUUUUUAAAAAAAUUUUUGUUUACAAGUUUGGUGGGAAAGGGGAAAAAAACAAAAGUUUUUGGGGUUUUUUUUUUCAUAAUGUUAUAAAUCCCCACCCACUCCUGCAAAAUUUUUUUUUCAUAUUUGUGGGGUUGCUUACGUCUGUUUUUUUUGUUGUUUAUGGCUUUCUCUCUUUUUUUUUUUGUGCUGGUUUUUGUUUUUUUUUUUAUUUUUAUUUGUGCGGGGGGGGAGGGGGGGGAAAUUAAUGGAGGGGUGGGUGGGGGGGGGGGGGGGGGGCUUAUUUGAGAGGAUUUUCAGUAUAUCAACCAAAAUCUUAGUUUGGUCAUAGUUAUCUUUGAAAAAAGUUUUGCUUGCAGCUUUGCAGUGCAAUGGGAACAAUGCAUAAGUGUUGCUAGGCUAUUCUUCAUCAAUGUCGUAAAUCUCCAUCCACUUCUGGACAACUUAUGAUGGUCAUAUCUUCCCGAGAAUGGAAAGAUUUUUAUUGCGAGAUACAAACUUCUUUUAGAUAUUGUUAUAAAAAACUAAAAUUAUGUUGUUGUACAUGUAUGUUUUAGUGGAUUCUCAAGAUGAAGAAAAUGAUGUCUUUGUUGCUAAAGAACAGAGGCGUUUUGCACACAGUGCAGCUGAACAAAAACGACGGGAUGCCAUUAGAGUAAGUGGUUAUCAUAACUAAUUCUUGUACAUUUAACCACUUUCACAACAACUGCCCCAGAAAACACUGUAAUACAUGUACUUCUUUGAAUAUGAAAGGGCCUGGGUGGGGUCAUCUCAAAGAGGUAAAUUAAAAAUCUAGACUUCCUGUAGAAGUUUCUCUCAGUUUCUGAAAGUCUUGAGUUUGAUUCACAUGAAUAAUUAUUACAGUGUAGAUGUAGCCACAAUAAUUAUUGUUUGUUUUCUUUCAUUAAUUUGUAGAAAGGAUAUGAUGACCUUCAAACGAUUGUGCCGACUUGUCACCAACCCAACACUGCACCAGCCAUGCAGAAGUUGAGCAAAGCCAUUAUUUUACAGAAAUGUAAGCAGCACAAGGUGUCUCUUUUCAUUUCCCCUUUUCUGCACUGAUCUCUUGGCCAAUUUUCAAAAGUUACACUAAGAGUUACAUGAGUACCAUACUGACCAGUAUUCCAUAAGAAUAUGUAAAUCAUGUGUAUUGCUCCAAAUGUCUCAACAGAUCCAGAUCCCAUGUGAAAUGUUAAGAAAUUGAAAAUGAAAGCAAGGAUGAUAUUAAUUCAUGUUCUGCGAAACACACUGAAAAAAUGUCAGUAGAAAAUUGUUAUAACGGUCAGGAAAAAUCUGGUUAAAAAAUCAGGGAGUCUUUUUUGCUUUUCAGUUGCACCCCUGUCCAUAGUUUAACGCAGUGUGCACCCUCAGUCACUUACAAACAAACAAGGCUGCAGAUCAGAACUAUAGCUUGCCCUUCAGGUUAUUAUUUAUUAAUUACACCAUUAACUUAGUAAUAUCACCUGCUUUAUUCAUCUUGAUAUUAACAAUUGUUAUUGUAAUGAUGUAGUAAUAAAUUAAUUAUUACAUGCAUUUCAUUAAUUUUUUAGUGAGUUCAGCUUGAAAGACAGCAUUCAAUCCACAUGAAUUUAUUAGAACUUAAACGUUUGUCUUGUGGUAUUUCUGCCAUGUGAAUUCCCCUCAAAAGCUUCCCUUUCCUGAUGGGCAAGUUAACAACAAAAUACUAGCCUGAUGGCAAAAUCCACCAACCCUGGGCUAUCAAACAUGACUUUCAAAUCUUUGCACGUUGUGACUGUAUACAUGUUUACUACUGUUGUCCUUUCCUGCAGCAAUUGAGUACAUCAUAUUCCUGCACCAGCAGAAGAAAAAACAGGAAGAAGAGUUAGAAGCACUGAGGAAGGAAGUCAUGGCCCUAAAAAUCAUGAAGACGUAAGACAACAGUAUAUGUUGUGCCUUUCAUAAUAACUUAAUACUUUAGCCAACAUGAAAAUAGCUUGAGAAAACAGCCAACAUUUUGUGAGGCCACCACUGGUUUUGUCCACCAAAUGACUGAGUGACAAGUGCAGAAAUUCCAGUGGGUAGAGAGGCUGCCAUAAUUUCACAGGGAAACCAGUGAUGGCCUCAUGAAAUGUUGGCUGUUUUCUAAGGCUAACAUGAAAGUAAAAUACAGAGGACAGCAUAGUCAUUCUGUGCUUUCAAAGCUAUCAAUUUCAUUGUCUUUUGUGGUUACUACUUUAAGUGUUAGUGUUACCAACGUGGAUAAUUUUGAACUUUAGCCACUAGGGAACAGGAAUUAUUGCACAACAAGGUUGAUGUUGACAGAAUCUGUCAAACCAUUUUUUUCUUUUAAUUAAUAAAUAUUUUCCUUCUUGCGGGAUGAUUCUUUUACCAUGGGUAAAUAAUGUUGUCAUUCUUGGAACACAUUUCAUGUGGCAAUGAUAAUCAUUGUCCUCAAGAUAUCUAAUAUAAAUGAAAUUACACUCAUUCAAGGGAUUGGACUUAUGUGAGUUAAUCUGUGGUACUCACUUUAGUUUUCUUUAUUUAUAGAAAUUAUGAGCAAAUCGCCAAGGCCCAUCAAAACCAGGUAAAUGGUUUGUUGUAAUAGACUGUAAUGUGCGCAAGGCUGACUGACUAUAUAGAGAAAAAGCAUUUUUCAUUUGUUAACAGACUGUGAAUACUGUAGACUUCCAAAUACAACUGGACAAUUCUCUGUUCAUGUUUACUUAUUCAUGAUCAAGAUCUCUGAUUGGUUGAGAUGUAGUAUUAUUAUUUUCUCUCAGCUAUUGUUUACAAAUGUUGGACAAAAGGUCACCUUGGUACAUGGUGCUGAAUCUACCAAGAAACCCUUGUUUCAUAGGACUGUGUAAUAAAAAUAUAGACAAUAGUACAUGGCCCCAUGGAGAUACAAAAUUUCUCUUCGAGUGUUGAAAAAUAUUUCACGAGUGAGCACAGCAAAUGAGUGAAAUAUUUUUUCAACACGAGAAGAGAAAUUUCGUAUCUCCGAGCGACCAUGUAAUGUUCUAUUUAUUAUAUAAACACCAAUGAAAUACCAAACCAUUUUACUUAAAUAGUUUUUUGGUCUGAAAGGUGUGGUUUAUUAUGAAGCCAUAGCAAUGGUGAUAUUUUCACAUGUGAAGAUAUCAAGUUUUUGCGCGAAAGCUCACUUGGUAUUUCAUUAGUGUUUAUAUAAUAAAUUGCUUUACAAGAGGCAUUUCAGUUUUGCCCUCAGCAAGUUCACAACAGACCUAAAACUUUUAUGAUAAUCAUCAAGGAAAACAGAAACUUGCCCAAAAUAAUGUACAUCUCAAACACCAUGACUUACAGAUUAAAUACUUAACCCUUUAAGUUCCGAUAGUGACCAAGAUCAAUUUUCUCCUAACAAUAUCCAUAUGUUACCAAGAGAAAUAGUUAUGAGAGUUAAUAAAAUGAUCACCUAAGAGAAAAUGCUUUGAUCUUCUACCAAAUUCUCUCAACUUAUUCCUUAAAGAAAUGUAUAGAGAUCAGUUUGGAGAAUUUGUAUGUGGAUAUUGGGGCUUAAAGGGUUAAGCAUUGAUUUAGAAUUACAUCUGAUCAUCCGUAUGGACUGUUUGAGGCCAAAAAGGAGAUGUUUUUCUUAGUAACGUCUCCCUCUCUCAAAAUGUCCACAGCUAGGGGAACACUGAGAGCAAACUGUAUUCGCAGGCUAUCAUUUUGUGUGUGAAAUUCUGACCACUAAACCUUUUGUUUUUCUAUAUUUAGCCAGCACAGGGGCAAAAGCAAGUUCCAGACCAGGCCAAAUUUAGUGUGGUAAGUACUUUGAAGGGAGUUAUGGUCCAUUUACUUACAUGUAAGCCAUUUCAGAUCCCAGAUUGUAGAAAAUGAUUCAAGAAGAAAUAAUUUCAAUUAUGGCAAAAUGCUGAAAAGCAAAUGGUACCAUGUAAAAGUCCUGCUGUAGAGGUUUAACUUGAAUGGUCACACCAGAGCAUUUUGUCUACGAACUCAAAAGUUAACCCCGGUUCAAGCGUCGCAUUUCUUAAUUUAAUACUAAUGAGGAAAAUCUCUUGUUCUUGCACAUUUGCAUUAGAUUUGGCACAUGAGAAAUGUGACGUUUAAACUGGGACUUAGAUCUAGAGCUACAUACAUGUACUAUAUAAAUAGUAACAUAUGAAAGUCGUGCCAUAGUUAUUUCAUUUGAAUGAUCACACCAUGGGAUUUUUUUUUGAAGGAUGGCAUAAUGUUUAUUUUUUUAAACAAAUUUGUCUCUCUCAUCAGUUCCGACAGAUCAUGGAAACACAGUUCCUGUCCUUCAAUGCAUCUGUGACCGUAACCAACUUUGAGACUCUCUCUGCCUGUAUUUUUAGCUGGCUGGAAGAGUACUGUAAACCUCAGGUAAGUGAUUCUAGCAAUUUUCAUUUUACCUUGUUAAGUAAAGUAAAGUAAAAAAAACUUUAUUUACACAGGGAAGCCCAUUCUGCUUUAAGGCUGAUCUCCAUAGGGGCCCUGUAUCUUAAAAAAUUAAUUUACAUCAAGAAUUUUCAUGAACUAUUACAUUCAUGUUGGGUUUUAUUGAAUUUUUUACAUCAGUAUCUGCAAGAGAUUGUGAUCAAUGCCCUAAAGAAUCUGAACAAUCAAGGUUUACUACAGCAGUAG